GUUUUAGAAGCAAACAUGAGUUACAAACCGGUCACUCAUGUCCUUUUCGAUAUGGACGGGUUAUUGUUAGAUACGGAGAGGUUGUACACAGUCUCCUUUCAGGAGAUAUGUGAUCGUUUUGGUAAAAAGUACACGUGGGAUGUAAAAUCUAUGGUUAUGGGCAAGAAGGCACUGGAUGCCUCCAAGAUUAUUCGAGACACUUUAGAAUUACCCAUGACCCCCGAGGAACUUCUCCAAGAAAGUAGAAAAAUACAAGAGAGAAUAUUUCCCUCAGCAGCACUGAUGCCAGGUGUGGAAAAGCUUAUUACUCAUCUCCGUAACCACGGCGUCCCCAUGGCCGUGGCCACCAGCUCGGCGGGAGCGACGUUUGAGCUGAAAACCAGUCGGCACAAAGACUUCUUUGGCCUCUUCCACCACGUCGUGCUUGGAGACGACCCCGAGGUGAAGAACGGCAAACCGCAGCCGGACUCGUUCCUGGUGUGCGCUAGCAGGUUCGAUCCGCCAGCCGUCCCGGAGAAGUGCCUCGUGUUUGAGGACGCGCCCAACGGAGUGAAAGCGGGCCUGGCGGCCGGAAUGCAGGUGGUCAUGGUCCCUGACGACAACCUGGACCGGAGCCUCACCCAGGAUGCCACCUUGGUUCUCAGAAGCAUGCAGGACUUCCAACCAGAGCUCUUUGGCCUUCCUGCUUACGACUAAGUCCAAUACGACCGAGCCGAUCGACCCGCCCCCCUCGCUUCCUAAGCCAAUCAAAAGUGCCGUAACAUUCGCGGUGAUUGUGAUUAUCCAAUCAAUGGUGUCCUGUGCCGUAGUCCAAUCAGUGUCGUUUUGGAGGAAAACUGUAAUUACUUUUACACCCAAGAGUUGAGGUUUCUUCGUUUGACGUGGAUAAUCUAAGUGGAAUUUGAUUGAAUGCAGACAGAAACCCAUCAGUGGAAUUCGACUAUUUUCUCAUCAGAUGAGACAGAGUCUGACUGUCACUGUAAGGAUCUUACUCAGACCUGCCCUGUGACACCAGAACUGAUCUGGAUUAUCCCGUUCAGUUAAACACAAUCAGACCAUUAAAUGAUAUUGACAUUGUUUUGGCUUUGCACCAGUUAGACAAUGUAAUGUUUGAUUUCUUUAUUUAACAGAUUAUCACUGCAUUAAUCCAAGUCAUGAUGUCCUGGCAACUCUAUGAAGAUGGUUUUCUCUCUGAGCGCAACCUGAUGUUUUUAAAAAUCAUUUUGUUCUUGUGUCUUUGCCAUGUUACGAAUUACUGUAAGUGAC